CUCGAGGUCCUGCAGCAGCUCCUUGGGCCGCGAGAUGCCGUCCGCACGUACCUCGUGUCACCCCUUCCUAGCGAAUCAUCGCCGGCUACGCAGCGUAUCAAGGAUUCCUUUUCCCUUGUUGGUGAGUCGUCGUCCUCGCCGUCAUCAUCGCCAGUCAACCUCGAUCUCUGCCUCUACCGAGAGGCGCACACGCAGGCAGCCAGCAGUUACAUCAUUCGUAGCGAGUCAACGGGAAGCCGUACCAUUGUCAACUACAACGACCUACCGGAAAUGACAGCUGCCGAGUUCGAGGCCAUCGUGCGGAAAUUCGGUGCCUGCGAGGACACCUGGUGGCACUUUGAAGGCCGCAUCCCCGAUACCACGCUGGAGUGCGUCCGCACGCUGCGUGAUCAGCUGCCAAACGCGCAAAUCAGCGUCGAAGUCGAGAAACCAGGCAGGGACGGCCUUCGUGAGCUCGCCGCCGAGGCCGACGUGGUCUUCUACUCCAAGUCCUGGGCAGAGAGCUGUGGCCAUGGGUCCGCCGAAUCGUGUCUCAUCGACGAGCAACGACGACGCAAAGCCAAGUCCCUUGCUCUAUGCACCUGGGGUGCGGAGGGAGCAACCGCCUUGCGCCAGCCGUCGGAGCAAGUCAUCCACUGUCCCGUGGAAACCCGGGCAAAGCCCAUUUCUGUUGUUGACUCGGUUGGAGCGGGUGACACCUUUGUUGCGGGAAUGCUCUACAGCCUGGUGUGCCGCAGCAGAGAUUGGGAUGUAAGCCACGGGCUGAGAUUCGCUGUACACCUGGCCACGACAAAGGUCCAGAGGGAGGGGUUUCAGGGGCUCGGCGUACAUGUCCGUGACUGGCUAGUACAGUAG